GAGGUAGCUCAUUGUAUGCGCAACGUUACACAAGUAUCACGCGCAAACCUGAACACAACUUUUUUGCCGAUACAACAUUGCGAUCAGUGAAUAGUGAAAUACAGCGGUAUAGAAUAAAAACAAUUUGGUUUCGCACAAAAUAUCCCGGUGUCGUGAUUUUAUUUUAAACAGCGUUUUACAUACAAACUACAGCCAGAAUGAAAACUGUAAUUUUGGGACUCUGCUUAUUUGGAGCUCUUUUCUGGAGCACCCAAUCCAUGCCUGUUGGGGAAGUACCACAAGCAGUACCAUCUGAAGUUUCACCUCAGAAGCAGAUAGAUAGCAAACAAGAAAGCAAUUUAGCUUCUGCAGUAAGUGGUGUUAAGCCCGAAAGCGAUGCUAAGCCUGAAGCUGAAGUCAAGCCUUCCACUAGUGACGUUAAGUCAGAAAGCGAAUCAAAACCUUCAGUUGAACAGAAACCCGAGAACGACCCAAAAUCGGAAGUGGUCAGUGUACCAAAACCCGAAAGCGAGUCAAAACCUGCAGCUGUUGUUGAAGCCAAACCCGAAAAUGAUGCUGUAGCACCAACAAACGAUGACGAAAAGAAAAUCGAAAAUACCGUGCCACAAGUUACUGAAAAUGUACCAGCAACUGAUGCUAAGGCCGAAACUGAGUUGCUUGCUGAAGCUAAACCAGAAGCCAAACCUUCCGGUGAUUUAAAAGCUGAACCAGAGGCAGUUAAGCCUAGUAGCGAACCACCUGUAGCUUUACCACUCAACCCAACUGAAUCUCAAGACUCUAAGGCAACACAACAAUCCAUUGAAACCAAUCAAGUGGAACAAUCAGCACCAAUUCAAGCUGACCCAGCUGCUGCUCCAACUACUGUCCCAGCUUCUGCUCCAGCAACAAGCGAAGAAGUCAAACCUUCUGAAUCUGUUCCACAGACCGAGAACAAAGCUGCUGCGGAACCAGCUAAAGCCGCUGAACCUGCAAAGCUUAUUGAAAACCCAAUUCCAGCUGCUAGUGAAGUAUCUGAGACUAAAGUAUCUCCCGCAGUGCCAGUGGCCGAUCCAGUAGCUACACAUGAAACCGAAAAGGUUAAUGAACCCGCCAAAGAUGCUUACACCGCAGAACCAACUGCUCAAUCAGAAAUCAAGCCAGUUGACGAUAGCCAAAAAUCAGCUGCUGUGGUAUCGGAAGAAAACUCAAAACCAGUAGAACAAGAAAAACCAGCUGAAGAAGCAAAACCUGCAGAACAGAUAAAAUCUGAAACUCCAGCUGAAGCACCAAAGCCAUCAGAACAAAGUUCGGCGGAAGAGCCAACAAAACAAGAACCCGCCAAAGACGAAAAGAAAGAACACUCCGUAAACAAACGAGACGCUGUCAAAGAAAGAAAACAUCCCGACUCCAUUAUGAAGAAAAUGAAAACACAAAAGAAAUCCACCUAGGUAAUCAAAAUGACAAGACUGAAUAGCAAUGUAAACCAAUCAACCAUCAAAAGGACCACAAUAACGUCCAACACAAACAAACAAUAACAUUUGUCAUACAAAUUAAAUACACAAAAUCAUGUACCUAUAAUCUAUAAUUUCAUUCCCAAAAAUCAUGAACCAAUACAGUUCAUUUAUAAUUAAACUUAAUUUAAAAAAAAAA